AUGGAGCCCGCGCCAGAACGUGUGAGGCGCACCACGCGUCGUCCUACACUCCCUCCAGAAAAGAACACCGGGCGCGUCCAAGACAAAUACUCGGCAUAUGACGAUUUCGCCUGGGAGGAGAUUGAGAAAUUCUUGAGGACCAAGUGGCCCCAAUGGAAGGAUUUCAACCCAAGAAAAUUCAACGAUAAUUGGCAAUUCGAAAUACCAGUGAAGUUGACAGAUCUGCAGCCGUCAUAUUUCUGUUUGACUGAAAGAGAAGAUGAUGUUGACGAAAUAUACGAAAUUCCAGUGAUCGACACUGUGAACGGCAUCGGAAGACCAUUUGUUCCGAAAAACAUACACUCACCUGCGAAGCUCAAUACCUGGCUUGGCGUGCAAGUAUUGCCCUGCACCAACGAUCCUUCAGCACAGCAGGUCAUUGCUCAGAAGAAGGAUCCCAAGUGUCGGUUCAUUUACCUCUAUGCAGAACAUUCACGGGAUAAAUUGAAGUUCACCUUGGACAGUUUAUGCCAGCUUUUGACCUAUUACCAGGUCAUGCCUGAGUAUCUGGAUUUCAUGCUUGUUUUCGGAUCGAAAUCGGAUGAAAGAGACUUGCGGUUCAGCGGCUUCCGCGAUCAGAUACGCCUGAAGCCUUCCACCAGCGCACGUCAUGAUAUACCGGAGCUAGGCCGUAGCGGCAGAGUCUUCCAGCUCUGCUACAACCUCAAGAGCGUAUACAUGAAAAAUGCGAGCAAAGAAAAUCGAAAACUUGACGCUUGGUCUAUUCGAAACGCUGCGUUUUACCAUCACUUCGACGUUGAGUAUGGUACUACGCUCUGGAUCGUCACGAAGGGUGGUAGGGACAUACUAGACCAGUAUCAGAACUUGAUCAGCUCGGGUGCGCAAUCAGGGGAGAUAUGCUAUGAUGAUCUUGCGUCAUCGUAUCGUUCGACUCUGGCAACGCAUCUGCUCUACUGCCAUUGGUCUACCGAAGACUGGAGGUGGUAUAUUGGUUGGCUGGAGGACAUCGUGGAUCGAGAGAGUGGCAUGGCCGUUGAUGGUCUCCGCGGGCACGGUUACGCACACAAAGAAUAUGAGCCAUGGGACAUACAAGAUCUGCAGCAUUGGCAGGACAAAACAAAUGAGGUAGUAAUGGUCGUUGAAGCUAACGCAAAGAUUCUGCGCUCCCUGCGGAAGUUUUACUCUGAUCUCGUUGUCAAAAAAGAUUUCCCAUUGGCUCUGCGAAACGCAUGCGAAGACGACAUGGAUGCGUUUUUUUCGCAGCUCGAUGGAUUUAUCGAUGACUUCGAUAUGCAGAUCGCUAGAGCGAGGCUUCUAGCGAACAUAAUCAGUGAUAGGAAGGAGCUUGUCUUGCAGCACUUGCAGAGCCAGGCCUCCGACCGGACUGAGCAGCUUAACAGGAACCUCGAGCGUGAGACUGUUGUCAUGCGAAUCAUCACCAUUGUCACACUGAUAUAUCUUCCGGCCACAUUCGUAUCGGUGAGUUAG